ACUGUAGAAAAAGAAACCUAAAGAGCCCCACCCCCUCAGAAAUAGAAACUAUAUAUUCUGACUGUCCUUUCUGUCAACAGCAAUUGAUGAGAUGGGUACCACUACAAUUUUGACAUGGCUACUCUUGCUAGGUCCAGCAGUUUUGGAGGCCAAAUCAGUGACCCGUGUCCGGCUGGUGAACGGAAGGCACAGAUGUGAAGGUCGCAUUGAGGUCUAUUACAGAAGACAGUGGGGGACAGUUUGUGACGAUUUCUGGGACCUUUCUGAUGGCCAGGUUGUGUGCAGGCAGCUGGGAUGCGGCGAGGUCAUUGCGGCUCCAGGCAGUGCUUACUUUGGGCAAGGCUCAGGUGAUAUCCUCCUGGACAAUGUGCAGUGCAAAGGAGAUGAGGCCUCCUUGUUUCUCUGUAAACAUCUCGGAUGGAAGGUACACAACUGUGCCCACUAUGAAGAUGCUGGUGUUGUCUGUUCAGGAAGGAUCACUAUGGUGCCGACGACCUCCACAGUGCCAAGAAACUCAACACUGCAGACAGUACCCAUAACGGAGGACACAGACACCAUAGAACCAAUGACCUUUCUAACAGUUCUGCCCUCUCUACCAGACGUGGUCACCAUAGUACCAUCGACCUCUGCAGCUGAGACAAUGUUCUUAGAGGAGACAGCCAUCACAGAACCAAUGUCCUCCCCAGCAGAACCAACCACCGCAGAACCAAUGACCACCAUAGCAGACAGGUUCACCACAACGGAGACAACGUCCCUAGAAGAGACAACCAUCACACAACUAAUGUUCUCCCCAGCAGGGAAGACCUCCCCAACUACCUCAGCACCACUCUCCACUGCAGGAGAGGAGAUAACCACUGCAGAGACAUUCUCCUCGCUGGAGACAAUCACAGGAAUACCACUGUCUGCCACAGUGGGGACAAUGUCCCUAGAGGAGAUAACCACUGCAGAACCAAUGACCUCCUUAGCAACAACAUCCUCCUCAGCAACAAUGACCACCACAGCACUACUGACCUACCCAGUGGACACAACCACAGGAGUGCAAACAACCUCCAUAGAGGACACGUCCUCCAUAGCAGAGGCUGCCACCACAGUCCCAGUGAAUACCACAGCACAGGAGAGCACAGCAGGUAACCCUCUCCCUCGCCGGUCUCCUUAG